AACUGCCACAGUAAGUGCCACAUACUAUCCAUUGCACGGCUUUGAGCGCACGUGGUUCAAGGGGUAUGUGGGGCUCAUGCUGGCAGUGCAGCGGCAGCCAGUGGUGGUUCACAUCGAGGCUUCGGCUCCCACGUUCGCCACUUCCGAUGGGAAAUACAAGUAUCAAGAUCCUAGCUGCUACUCUGGCGAGCUGAACCACGUUGUACUCGUUAUUGGCUACUCGGUUGGUGUAGGGGAUAGUGUGCAGCAGCAAGUGCCUCCUCCGUUUUGGAUCAUCCGCAACUCGUGGGGAGUGGAGUGGGGCGACAGGGGCCACAUGCGCAUGGACAUUCAGGGAGGGGAUGGCGUGUGUGGCAUCAACGUGCUGCCUGGCAUCUACCCCAUUGUCAAGAUUCCCAGGGACCCAUGUGGCAGCAAGAGUUUCAAGGCGGACGGUGAUUUCCAGCCCAGCAUGAACCCGUGGGGCUGGUUCCCAUGCAAGCCCGUCCCCAAGGACAGCAACAACUCGUGCAGCUGCGCAAUCCACAAAGUGGCCGUGCAACCCUUUGUGGAGGUUUCCAAUGGUUUUGGCUCCAAGACAUGCGCCUACGUGGAUGUGUGUGGGUCGUACUUCAAGAACCCCUGCUCCGUGGGCACAUGCAUCAAUGAUGGCAAGGGCUCCUACUCCUGCAUCUGCCCUCCCAACCACGCCCCAGCAAAACCAUCGAUGACUUCCCCACCUGUGACCCAGCGAACAGCAGAGCCACCAGCAUGACAGUGAGUGGUAGCAACUGAUGGUGCGC